CAUUGCAUUUAGCACAUAUAUAAAGCGAUUUUCUUGUCUCAAUCGUUUAGUAUUUUCGGAAUUUUUAGUGAUAACAUACAAUUUUCCAUAUACAAUGAAGUUAGCCAUAUUCGUACUUUGUGGCACUCUACUCUUUGCCCUUUCAAUGCAGCAAGAAGCCGAAGAUGAUUGCCAAUUUUGUAUAAAGGAAAUGGACGCCAUGCUAAGAGAUAUCGGACCGAGCGCAUCGAAACAAAAUGUCAUCGAUCAUGUACACGAAAGAUGUGCAACUGUUAUGGGAGGAAAAAUCAAAGAUGAUUGCAUCGGAAGAUUUGAAGGAAAAAUGGAGGAAAUCAUAUCGAAGAUGAAGAAGGGAAUUAGCGCGAUAGAGGUUUGCGUUCUAGUUGAUUAUUGUCCGACAGCAGCAGCAUCAGUUUGAGUCUUGUCGUAUGCAUUAUAUUGUAAAAAAAGACAUUUCUAUGCUACUUUCUUUGGUCCAUCAUCAAUAUUGAAUAUUUUAUUGGAAAUAAAUUGCUUCCAAAAGUA